UUCUUUCGUCAGAGGGUGGUGAAUCUGUGGAAUUCUUUGCCACAGACGGCAGUGGAGGCCAAGUUAGUGGAUAAGGCAGAGAUUUACGUAGUCUCUGAAAUUUAUGUUGAGGUCGGAGUCUGGACAUUUUUACCGACUCCGACUCCAGCAGCACCAAAAUUGCUACCAUUCUGACAACUCCGACUCAGACUCCACAGCCCUGGAAAUAUACAUAGUCUGGGGGGAAAACAGAGGUAAAUAAUGUUAUAAAUCAGCAGGGGAGCGAAAUAAACACGGUCUGGGGAGAAAACUGGGGGUUUAGGAGCCGUUGGUGUCGACGGUGAGACGGGGACGAGAGCGGCCAUUGAGGGCGGCCAGGGUGCCGAUGAGCCCCCCCCUCUAACUGCUCGGCUGCGGGCUGAGCUUCGGUGGAGGACCACAUGAUGGGGCACAACAAGGAGAAGCGUUAUGAGUGCAAUGUGUGCGGCAAGGCCUGGCAGCACCCGAGCAAGCUGGAGACCCACCGGCGGGUGCACACAGGCGAGAAGCCCUAUGGCUGCACCACCUGCGGCAAGAGUUUUGCCUGGUUGUCGGGGCUGCGGGAGCACCGGCGGGUGCACAGCAAUGAGCGGCCCUUCACCUGCUCCGACUGUGGCAAAGGCUUCAAGUCGUACAGGGAGCUGAAGGCGCACAGGCGGGUGCACAGCAGUGAGCGGCCCUUCACCUGCUCCGACUGCGGCAAGGGCUUCACCCAGUCCUACCCCCUGCUGGUGCACCAGCGCAUCCACACCGGCGAGCGGCCCUACACCUGCACCCAGUGCGACAAGGGCUUCACAUGCUCCACCAGGCUCCUGACCCACCAGCUGGUACACUCCGGCGACUAUCCCUUCCCCAGGCACUUUGGCUGCUCCGACUGCGGCAAGGACUUCAAGGGGGCACAUGACCUGAAGGCCCACCGGCGGGUGCACACGGGUGAGAGGCCCUAUGGCUGCUCCACAUGCGGCAAGAGCUUUGCCUGGUUGUCGGGGCUGCGGGUGCACCGGCGGGUGCACAGCAGUGAGCGGCCCUUCACCUGCUCCGACUGCGGCAAAGGCUUCAAGUCGUCCAAGGACCUGAAGCAGCACAGGCGGCUGCACACCGGGGAGCGGCCCUACACCUGCGCCCAGUGCGGCAAGGGCUUCACCCAGUCCAACCACCUGCUGAUGCACCAGCGUACCCACACCGGCGAGCGCCCCUACACCUGCGCCCAGUGUGGCAAGGGCUUCACAUGCUCCACCAGGCUGCUGUACCACCAGCGGAUGCACUCUGUCGACCGUCCCUUUCCCAGCCCAGUGUGUGGAGAGAGCUUUGCCAUGGCCUCUCAUGCCCUGUCUCACCAGCGGGUGCACACCAGUGGCCAGCCCUACGACUGCCCGCAUUGCAGUGAGGCUUUUGACAGCUCGCGGGGUUUGCGGCAGCACCGGCGGGCCCACGCUAGCGAACGGCUGCUCCCACUGAAGCAAGGGUGUCAAGAGCGCACGGGGGCUGCGGGAGCACCAGCGGAUGCACACCAGAAAGAGACCCUUUGUAUGCGCUGAAUGUGGCAAGGGUUUCACCCGUAUGUCCAGCCUGUGGCAGCACCGGCGUACCCACAGCAGUGAGCAUCCCUUCCGACAUCACAUCAAUUGGCUAUGGUGUCAUCAUUGUGUUGGAGAGGCAGUAUAGUAAAUAUUGAACUUGAUGUAACUGAGAAACUGCAGGAGGAGACUGCAUUAGCAAGAUCACACAACAUUGAUGCGGAGGAGAUAAUGGGGGUGUUUAGCUCAUCGAAACAGAAAUCUCCCAAUGCCACCAUGUGUUAUUUGUCAUGUAAGAUGCGGGCCUGCAAGAAUAAAACAGUCAAUUACCUUGAUAAUCUCGAGGAGCAUCGUAGGGAGGAGGUGCUCUAAGGCAGUGACAUGGGGGAGAGUGCAGAGGAACAGACGGAAGAAAAAA